GGCAGGAGUUUUAAAUUCGAUUGAUUGUAAAUAGCUCCGUGUGCUAUGCGAGAAAGUCAUACAAUUUCAGCUGAAUUUCUCAGCAGUCGUGUAACGGAGAGAGAACAUUAUUAAUCCACAUCGACGACAGACAUGUAAUAAGAUGUCUUCUUCAAGAGAAAUGGAAACAAUUGAGCUCUCGGAAGCCAUUAAGACAAUACUUGAUGAUUCACCAGAACGCAAGAAUGAUUGUUCUGUCAGCACCACUGUCACACCCCAAAGCAGAAAGACAAGCCCUAAGGGUCUUACAGCAAGGUUUUCUGUCGGUCAAAACACAACACCAAACAGCAGAUCUUCAGCGAAAGGAUCCGAAACUCCUCUUUCAAGAAAGAGUUCCAUUCUUCAGCGCAGCACUGGGAGCAAUCCCGGCUCAUCGCAAAGGAAGCGCCGACAUGCCCAAGAAGUCAUCAUCUUGCGGCCACCCAAGAAGCGAGCAAGUGGGUCGACCCCAAGAGUCACAAGUACGUCAAAACUCACCCCCAGCAGUCAGUCAACGCCAAAGCCAGCUUCAACAACCCCAUCCCUCAAGAACUCUUUGCAGACUACCCCAUUAUCGAGUCAGAGCAGAUCGCGGACCAACCCUCAUCACAUCACUAAUUUUGUAAAGACUGAUGAGAAAAGACUGACUGAUGCCGUCUUUGCAACCCCUAAACUUUCCAUGACCCCAAACCAGAUCAGCCUUGUCGGAGGUCAGAACUUAUCUCUCACAGAAAGGGAGAAUUUAGCACAUCAGGAGCUGUACCAUCGUUUGAUGGAGCAACAGGGCGGUAGACUACUCGAAGGCGGAAGAGCUUUGCAAGAAGAACCUGGGGUCAGUGAGCGGUUCACUCCUGGAGGACUCAGUCUAAAUGUUGCUGAUCAGACAAGCAGAAUAAGCCUUGUUGCAAGAGGUCAUAGAGGAAACCAAGAUGACAGUUUGACAAACAUCACUUGGCUUCGAAGAAUGUCGGCGCCUGACCUUGAUCCCAUUACGCAUCCACACAUGAAGUCGCAUGAUCCCCAUAAGGAGAGGCCGCCCUACUCGUACAGUUCCCUCAUCCAGUUUGCGAUCAGCAGUGCACCCGAGGGCAAGCUUACACUGAGAGAUAUCUACUUCUGGAUUGAGACAAACUUCCCUUACUUCCGGACGGCAAAGCUGGGUUGGAAGAACUCCAUCCGGCACAACCUCUCCUUGCACAAGAUCUUCGUCCGUGAAGCCCCAUCUGGUCCUGGUCAACCUGCCUUCUGGACGUUGCGGCCAGGCACAGUGGUCAGGCUGCCUGAACGCAAGGUUGUAGUUCAUGAAGAGAUGGGCAUGCCGACUGGGAUGCCAGAAUGCUUUGUUCCCGACCAUGCCAUAGAUAUGGCUACUAUGGCAAAUCUUCAAAUGCAAGUGGAUCCCACCAUGAACCCUUUGACUGGUAAUAACAUCUUACUGGGCGACCCUCAAAAUAUACCAAUGCUAUCGGCUCAAGAUGGAACCAUGAUAAACAGAGCACCAGUCCUCACAUCAACACCUGUCAUCCCAAAGCCAAAUAUGAAAGGUUCCAAGCGUGUACCUCCUAUACUUCCGAAAGGAACCCCACCGUAUGCCUUGGUUCCUCUGCCGAUCUACUUCACCAAAGAUCCAAAGACAGGGCAGCUGGUCCCUGCAAAUGGAGAUCAUCCAUCUCCAGAUAUGACGGCCCUUGAUCUCUCUGGCACCACUAAGAGCAUUACCCCUAGAAAGACCCUUCCUAGAUUGCAGCCAAGGUCCCCCGACAGUACCCCCGUCACAAGGGCCGGACAGGGCAGUGGUGGGCUUGGGAGAUUCACGUUGGAUUCUGGGUACGGAAGCACCGAUUCCAGCCUGGGGGAUGAUAACCGGGCUUCCCUCGUGAGGGACUCCAAGUUGAUCAGAUCCGAAGCUCAGGCCAAGUGCGAGAGCGGGAAGGAGAAUUCGCUGUCUGCGGAGUUCGGGUUAGGCCUGGACGUUGAUGACGACCUCUUGAAGACCCCGCCCAAGACCACCUGUCCGGAUUGGCUGUCACCCAUCCGAGGAUUCUCGCCCGUCCCCGAUACCGGCUUUUCCAUCAAGGACAUGGACUUUAACUUCACUCCUUUCAAGACGGGUCUCACCCCGAACAACCGUGCCGGGCAUUCCAACACGCCGAGGCAUCUCAUGUUGUCCCCGGUAAAUAGAAACGUUGCGAGUACGUCAGGAGGGGUGCGCAGCUCUCGUAAAGCAAGGUUGAUGACACCCAGGAGGCAUAUAGAGAAUAAGGAUUACCUCAUGAAUUCAAGUUUUGAGAAAAUGUUUGGCGAUGUCAGCUUCGAUAUGGAUCCCGACAACAUCGAUGUCGGAAACAUGAGCUGGCUGCUCAAUUCUCCACCCCCUGUAAAAUAGAGUAUAGAUUAAUGAUUUUUAUCCAACCCUCCCGACUAAUUGUUGUAGAUCUGCCGAAAGUCAUUUCAUCUGGACUCAAUGUGACAAAUUCUUAUUGUAAUCCUAUCAGAAGCAGCAACUAGCAAGAUCCUCAUAGCUGGUUUUACAGUGAUCAACAGCUUAUUUCAAGCAGAAGUUUUUCAUGAAAGUAAAUGAUUGGUGAAUUCCACUGAUUCAUUUAGUUGCAAGGAUUUCAGUCGCUUAUAACAGUUGUCGGUGAAAAUAACUAUUUAUUUCA